AUGCUGGGAGAGAGCCAGCGGCCCCUACGGCGAUCCAAGAGGAGAUGGAUUAUUAACACCCUGGAGCUGAACGAGGAAGAUCCAGGCCCCUUUCCCAAAUUUGUGGGUGAGCUGUUCAGUGAUAAGUCUAAUGAUGAUUCAAUAAUGUAUUCCAUCCAUGGCGCUGGUGUGGAUGAGGAUCCAGAGAGGGGGCUGUUUUCUGUGGGAGAUCACAAGAACGGACGGGUGUAUGUCCACCGCCCUGUGGAUCGAGAGACAACACCGUCUUUCAAGGUGUAUCUUGAUGUUCUGGAUCGCCGAUCAGGAAAAGUCCUGGACAACUCCUUGAUUUUCAACAUCAGGGUCAGAGAUGUGAACGAUCACGCACCCCAGUUCCCUGAGGAGGAAUUCAGCGUCAGUGUGAAGGAGAGCCACGACGCAGGUCAACCUAUUUUCCAGAUGUUAGCAGUUGAUUUGGAUCAAGAACAUACUCCAAAUUCUCAAGUUUUUUAUUCCCUUAUUUCUCAAACACCAUUACUGAAAGAAAGUGGCUUCUAUAUCAACCAUAUCAGUGGAGAAAUACGCCUCUCAGGAUGCUUAGAUUACGAGAUGGCUUCUCGGUUUACCCUACUGGUCAGAGCGACGGAUUCUGGAGAACCGCCGUUGUCAUCCACGGCCACGGUCCACAUCAACGUGGAAGAAGGCAACAACCACAUGCCCACAUUUGCCCAGGAGAACUAUAAGGUUCAGAUUUCUGAAGGCCGUGCCAGCCCGGGCGUGUUGCGUCUCCUGGUCCAAGAUGGUGACUUCCCGUUUACGUCGGCUUGGAGAGUAAAAUUCAACAUAUCACAUGGCAAUGAAGAGGGACAUUUUGACAUUCUGACUAACCCCAAGACCAAUGAAGGGAUUUUAAACGUUAUCAAGCCCUUGGACUAUGAAGCCCACCCCGUGCGGCGCCUGGUCAUCACCGUGGAGAACGAGGCGCCGCUCUUCUCCUGUGAGGGGGGCCGGCGGCGGGGGCCCCGGGAGGCGGUGGCCAGCGCCACCGUGCGUGUGCAGGUGCUGGACACCAAUGAGCCGCCGGCCUUUCAGCCCAGGAGCUUCGUCGUCACUGAGCUCGACGGCGCCGGGCCUGGAACUCCGUUGGGCACAUUUCGCGCCACAGAUCCAGACACAGCCGCCGGCCAGAUACGAUACAAACUGGCUCACGAUCCGGAGAAUUGGGUCACUGUAGACGAACUCUCAGGAGCAGUAACCACCAGGAAGCAGGUUGACCGCGAAUCUCCUUACGUGAACGGGAGCUUUUACAGAAUCGUCGCUCUCGCUAUUGACAACGGCCUCCCCCCACAGACGGGGACGGGGACCCUGAUGCUUUUCCUGGCUGACGUCAACGACAACGCCCCCACUCUCCAUCCCCAUUCUCGAUCCGUGGAGGUCUGUGAGUCUGCAGCCAACAAGGCUCUCCUCCUGGAGGCGGAUGACGGUGACCUGGAGCCCUUUGCAGACCCGUUCACGUUUGAGUUGGACAGCUCCGGGAGGAAUGUAGACGACACAUGGAAACUGGGGGAAAAUUGGGGUCGGUCGGUCGAACUUCGGAUGUUGAGAAGGCUCCCCCCGGGGAACUACUUGGUGCCACUGCUCAUCAGAGACAAACAGGGACUUUCCCAGAAGCAGACUAUCCACGUGAGGGUCUGUUCCUGUCCCGAUGGAGUCACAUGUGUGGAGCCUUUGGUGGCAGGAGCCGGGCUCCUCGCGAGGACCCUGGUCCCCCUCUUCGCUGCGUUCUUCGUUCUGACAGUCGCUGUGCUGCUCCUGCUGCGCUGUGAUUUUGGGUCCGAAGCCAAGGGGCACAGAGGCCCCGUCCCACACGACGAGGGCCAGCAGUCGCUGAUCACAUACAAUGACGAGAGCAAAGCCGUCCUGAUGCAGGCAAGGCCAGAUGCCAGGGAUCAGAUGUUAGUCCUGUUGUUGGACGAGGCCAAGGCGGAGGCCAAGCUGGGUGCUCAGCCCCCCGCCCCCCAGGAUGUACACGAUGGCCUUGAACCUGCAGCGAGGGCAUCCAACCAGGAAUACGUUGUCCUGGGGACUCCAGAGCGUUACAGAAGUUCACUGCCUGUUGUGGGGUGUGGCAUGCCUUUCGAGCCAAGACUUGUGAGGAACAAAUAUUCUACUCCCGUUUGCCAGGAGGCCGUGGUGCCCAGACGAGGCCCGGACGCGAGGCCGGGGACCAUGGAGGACGCCCUGAGCCAGAGGCUCCACGGUGUGGACGCGCUGGGGGGGGACGCUGGGCACCGGCCUCGCGUCUACGCCGAGGAGGGGGAGUGCGAAGCGGCAGAAAGCCUCAGCUCCCUUGGCUCCUGGAAGCCGGAGUCGUGAGCGUCAGGGGCUGCUCCGCUCCAGGAGGUCUACGCAGAGUCCGGGGCCCUUCCCAAAGAGGCGCGCUUUGGACACCGGAUUAAUUCGCGGAGGGGACUCACGGCAGCUCACCUGCUGCGCAAGGGACGCCCUCUCUUCUCCCCGAGCCCCUCCCCCGUGAAACCCUCCCAGGCCUCAGCCAAGGAUCAGCUGGGAGGCUGGGUUCUGGUGUUUUCCUAGCAGGCGUCUUGGGCCAAAACCAAACAACACGUUAUUGUUAUUAUUAUUAUUUUUAUAAAUGUGACUUGUCAGCUGUUUUAGAGAAAUUCCCUCCUCUGUUAACAGCCCAGCGCCGAGGGGAAAUGCAAUUAUAACUUAUAGACUAGCCAGCCAUUGGGUAACAACGGGUUAAUACUGGAGGAAAAUGAAAAUAGAUGGUUUUUAGUGAUUAUUUAUGUUUCUGUAAGUCUGAUUCUGCUUCAGUGUAAGUAAAAAAAAAUAGAUAAAUAGGGAAAUGCUUUGGAAUAUUUGUGAGCAGUAUUUUUAGUGAGGGUCAAAAAACAUAUACGAAUUCCUUUUCACUUUUUGAGGAAAGGAAUAUGUUCUCAUAAGAGAAAGGAUUAACAUUUUAUAAGCUUAUACAUACUUUAAAACAUGAAUGGAUAGAAUUUAACUUGUAUUUAUUACACAUGAAAAAAUGUAUAUACAUAUAUAAAAGAAGUUAGUAGCCAUGGAAUGAAUACAUUCCGAUUAGAUUUUAUCUUUAAGCCAAACCCAGACUUGGGGCGCCUCAUUCGGUUGAGCGUCUGACUCUGAUUCUGGCUCAGGUCAUGAUCCCAGAGUCAGGGGGUCGAGCUCCGAGCUGGGCUUGGUGCUGCGCACGGAACCCGCUUAAGAUUCUCUCCCCCUCUCUCUGCCCCUCCCCCGCU